AAGUUUAUAGAAACGUUGAAUCCUUACACCUAUUGAGAAAAAAAUUCACCUUUAAGUAUGCUUUUCAUCGGGAAAUUUAUGGUGUGAAUUUAAAAGAUGAAAAGUUUGGUGUGACCUAGAUUUGUGGCAGACGAGCUCAAACUUGGCUACUGUGAUUCGGUUGCGAAGACGGGAAAAAUGGAAGGAAUGUUCACCGCAGGAAAACAAGAAGAACAAUUUUACUAGUGUUUUGACCGUGAAUACCAUGACUGAAGGUAAGGUUUCUUCUUCAGAUGCUUUUUCUCCGCGAUCAAAGAAGGCUUCCGCGGCCGAAGAUACGCUUCAAAACGGAGACAUGGAUGGAGCAGGCGACAUUAGAACGUUCGAAUUUGAUGAGUGCUCGGGAGAUUUUGGAGUCGUCCUUGAAAAUAAAGAUCCUUGCAGCCCAAGCCGUGCAAGAACUGCUUUGGGAAAUAUACGAAUCGCUGAUUUAUUGCCGGAUAGUAGAGCAAAACGGGAUGGAAUGUUGGAAGUUGGAGAUAGAGUAAUGGAAAUAAAUGGACGCGAUCUAUCUAAAGCAAGCCUGGAGCGAGCAAGGUGGUACUUAGGAAGUGCAUUGAGGAGUGGAAAAUUAAAAAUGAAAGUUCUCCGUGGUCCUAUUGGGAGAAACAUUACACCUGUAAAGAAUGGUGUUGUUCCAAGACUUGAAAAUAUUUCUGAGAGUUCUGGAUCCAAAAAUAGAGUAAAGAAGAUACAUAUUUUAAAGGAUAGCCGCGGACUUGGAGUACAAAUAUUGAUGAAACUCAACCAUGAAACAGGAGAGAAGGGUGUCUUUGUGUCUGAUGUGAGCCCUGGUGGAGCUGCAGCAAGGGAUGGUCGCCUUAAAGAGGGUGAUGAGCUGUUAUGGAUCAAUGGCCACAGCUUAAUAGGAGUAACACAACAGGAGGCUGUUGACUUACUAAGAGCAUCACCAAAGCUGAUUCAACUAGUCAUUUCAACUCAGGUAAGGGGGUCUACUUUGGAGAAGAAGGCAAUGGCAUCAAGAUUGAAAAAAAGUUCUUUGGAUAAUGUAACAGAUAGAGCUGGAAUGCAGGGUUCAAAAAGCCUUCCUCAAGCAAAAUCUGCAGAAAGUUUAGUGCAGAAAGGUAGAAAAAUGUCCUCUGGUCACAUGGGAAAGAAAAUCAAGGAAGCAGAUAAAAAGUUUGAAAAAGGGACCACAGAGUCACAAGAUAAAGUUUUGCAACAAUCAAUGGAAAGUAGUCCUUCAAAAAUAGUAGAAAAUUUAAAUCCACAGAAAGAUAAUCAAAUUGAAGAAACUGACUUGCAGGAUAAGUCACAUAAUGAAGGAAAUCAUGCUCUGUUAAACGGAAAUGAACAAGAGCUGAUUAAUGGCAGACACUGGUCUUCCUCAUCUGAUGGUUCUAAUGGACAAGAAAAGUCAGACACAAAGGAUGUCUUGCUUUCAAAAGGAGAAGAAAGUUUAGAAAGUGAGCCAGUUACUUUAGAGGAUAAACCACUCUCCAAGGGGUCUUCAACAAAAUCUUUACUAGGAAAGCUACCAUCUCUAUCCCCUCCAAUUAUAGAUGCCUCAAAAAAGAGAAAUUCACCAAACCUUUUCUUGAAUAAUUCACCUCCUAAAGAAAAACCAACAAAAAGCGGAAUGCGCCUAGAACCUGGUCAAAUUUCACCUUCCCUGCCAAGACCUCAGUCUCCAGGAGGUAUGGGAAUUGCUUUCUCUGCACGAUAUCUGGGGGAUCCCCCUGCUAAUGUAAUGACUAAAGCUAUGCCCACACCCCGAAAUUUUGUGGGUAGUAAUGAUCGGGACUCGCCGCAAGCAAAGAAAAAAGGGAGUAAUGAGACCUCACCAAGAAGAACCAGUAAAACCAUGAAAGAGGAAGUUGUUACCAUUGUUCUGGUAAAGGGAAUGAAUGGAAAAGGUCUUGGGUUCACUAUUGUUGGAGGAAAAGGCUCACCUCAUGGUGAUAUGGCUGUGCAUGUACGGAAUAUUCUCCCUGGUGGAGCAGCAGAAGCUGAUGGAAGGAUGAGAAAAGGUGAUGAGGUGUUAUCAGUCAAUGAAACAUCUUUUGAAGGGUUCACUCAUCAACAAGCCCUGGACACCUUUAAGAAUCUUCGCCGAGGAAUUGUAACUUUGAAAGUGCGGAGAAACAGUCCUGGAGCUCCAAGUGCAUCAACAUUUACAACACCCAGAAAUUCGCCAGGAAGAUCUCGUCGAAACAGCAGAGAUGUGACAGCAGAGUCAACCAGCUCUAGCAAUUCAUCAUCUCCAACAAUGUUUCGAAAGCUGCGUCAGAAACGAAGCCAGAAAGACAAGAUCAGUGAAAUUGUUCUUUAUAAAGAACCUGGAAGCAGCUUGGGAAUUGGUCUGGGAGAACAACAUCCAUCAACUCAGAUACCUGGAAUCUUUGUUCAAUGCAUUAUUCAAGGAACACCAGCAGAUAAUGAUGGGAGAUUGAGAAAAGGUGAUCAACUCCUUGAAGUUAAUGACAAGAAACUAGAAGGACUGUCAGUUGAAAAUAUAUACAACAUUCUGGAUAAAACUCCUCCAGGAAAAGUAUAUUUUAAAGUUGUGCAGAACAAUGCAUCUGACAAGUUACCUCUACAACUUAACGAUGAACUCACUAAGCUUCAAAGUGAGCGUCAGUUCCUGGAUAAAAAGAUGUCAGGGAAAUCAAAGAGUUCAGGAACUGCGUCAACACUCUCUGGUGCAUCGGAAAGCUCUGAGUCUUGUGACAAUUUUACAAGUCUUUCCUCAUCUUGUGAUCUCCUCAUUCCACAUUCUGUCGAACAAAACAAGAAAAAGAAGUCUCAAACAGUUCAAGAGUCAGACGACGAUGUUUUCACUCAUGAACCUGAUUCUGCCGAAUUUCUGGAAGACAUUUACACAAUUAUAAAGCAACCUACUGGUAAGCCAAGUCCCCAGAUAAACUUCGAAUAG